AUGGAGAUCGCGAGCUGGGCCUGAGGAGAAGGCCGGGUUGGGAGCUGCAAGGGGCCGGGUUUAGCGGGGUGGGCGUGACCGUCGAGGUGGGGCUUGGCGGGUCCGAAGGAACCUGGGGCAGAGCUGGAAGAGGGAAGGUCUUGGGGGCCCUGGGCCUGGGUCUGCGGGAACCCCAUCUAGCGGGGUUCCAAGGCGGCGGCGGCGUCAGUCCAGGCCCUGCCCCGGGAGCUCAUCUUGUCCCCUUUCGCCCCUCACGCCCCCCAGCUCUGACUCCAGGCCCUGUCCCCUGAGCUCUGCCCUCGGAUGUCCGACCGCCCAGAGCCUGCAUGCGCCGUGGGGCGCCCCAGGACCAGGAGCUGGUGGGUCCGGGGCCCCCUGGGCGGGGGUCCCGGGGCGCCCCUCCUCCCUUGGGACCCGUUGUCCCGGUCCUGGUCUUUCCCCCGGAUCUAGUAUUCAGGGCGGACCAGCGGAGCGGACCCCGACAGCUGUUGACCCUCUAUAACCCCACAGGAACUGCGCUUCGCUUCCGAGUCCUGUGCACAGCACCUGCCAAAUACACGGUGUUUGACGCGGAGGGAUAUGUGAAGCCCCAGUCUUGCAUUGACAUUGUGAUUCGCCAUGUGGCACCCAUUCCCAGCCACUAUGAUGUCCAGGACCGCUUCCGCAUUGAGCUGUCUGAGGAAGGAGCUGAGGGCCGAGUGGUGGGACGCAAGGACAUUACCUCCGUUCUGAGAGCCCCAGCGUACCCCCUUGAGCUUCAGGGACAGCCAGAUCCAGCGCCUCACCCAGGGCCUCCUGCUGGAACACCACCACCCACGGCCAGACACUUCCAGGAGCACCCCCGCCAGCAACUGGCCACCAGCUCCUUCCUCCUCUUCUUGCUGACGGGGAUUGUCUCUGUGGCCUUCCUGCUGCUCCCACUCCAGGACGAACUCGGCAGCCAGCUGCCUCAAGUCCUGCACGUCUCCCUGGGACAAAAGUUGGUGGCUGCCUACGUCUUGGGCCUCCUCACCAUGGUGUUCCUCCGGACCUGAGCUCCCUCCUCAACUGCCAGCCCACCCCACCCUCCCUGGGCAGGGUCUUGAGGCAGCCACUGUGAUGCUCAUACCUUACCUUGCCUCCUACCCUCUUCUCUUUCCUGCCUACUCCUCACUCCUCCCUGACAAAAAACACCCAGGGAUUUGUACUCGUUUUCCAAGUCGAAUAAAAUACAUUUUUAAAAUGAAAAUCAGAAA